AUGGAUAAUCACGAUCGACCAACUUAUUCUGAAGAUGUACGGAAGCAGAUUGACGAACGAAGGAAAGAAGACGUCCGAGCAUCUGUAGGAGAGGCGGAAAGACGAACUUCAAAGAUCCAACGAUCCCAACCUGUUCAUCUGACUCGAAUCAGACCGCCAUCGCAGUUGGCGCAGAGAAAAGUGAAAACCCUCGAAUCUCCUCGAAUGGAUUGUCGACCACAAGAACGCCAUCCUGUUAUGGACAUUUUGGAUCCACCAAGACCCAACUGUAGUCCUCCGCCUUGCCCUCCUACCAGUCGACUUCCUAAACCGGACAAGAAGUCUUGGCUCGACAAAAUCAGGAACAUGAAGAAAUAA